AAUGGAGUGAGUAACCACCGCUUAUUGAUGUGAACUAGAAUGGGCAUCAUACAACCCGUCCAAUGAGGAGACUUGUCCGCCAGCCAGCCCUGUAACUCUAGUACUCAGAGGUCUAUGCAUACUAUGUUUACACAUUCGUUACGCGAAAGCACUUUGUUCAUUCCCCACUUCCCCUUGUGCCAGUUGCAGUAUAAAUUGUGCCCAAGACCUGCUUCAUCUAUAUCCGUCAUCCAAUUCACAUCAAGUCCCGACCUAGAUAACUACCUCAACAUUAUUAUCUUUAAUUUGAGCAUCGCCCUCGCUUCUUCAACGUCGCCAUCCGCCCCGGAAACUCCUCCAGCCCAUCGAAAGUGUCGUCGCGAUAGAGCAAGUUGCACCACGCAUUGUACAUCAGGAAGCCGAAACAAGGAGCUCCUUAAGACCCUUGCUUUGAAGAACUUGAUCAACAAACAGUUGUAUCAACUAGCAACCCAUUGUGAAACGACAAAGAAAGGACCAGUCGAGAAGAAAAAUGGAAGACAUGGACAGCUGGUGUCAGUGACUGUACCCAUAAAUCAACACUCUAUGCCUAUGGCCAAAAGGUUUUCCAUAAUCCAUCACUUUUCUAAGACUUUCUGUGACUUUACUACGAACACAACUCAAUCAUCAAGAGGUGGCGUUGGUAUCUUCCCCUCAGCUUCCCUCACAAUACCACUCAAAUACUCGGCCAUCUCCCUCAACCUCUUCACAACCUCCUCCCCGCGAUUGUUUACCGCUCCCGCAUCCCUCUCAACCAUAAUGCUCUCCCCAAGCAAACUUACUACCCCGACCCUUUCCACCUUCCUCUCCCGUUCCGCCUCCUCCAUCCUGUUCCUACUACCCCCGCUCUCCCUCCAUCUCGAAUCCUCCGUAUACACGACGUCAUUCCACCCCCUCUCAUCCAUCCUUCUCCACAUACUCUCCAAGCCCCUGUUGUUCAACCCAGUGAUCUCUACUCCGCCUAUGGGGCGGCGGUCGAUUCCGCCCUCGGGUGGGUCGAUCCAGUAGAUGUAUUCUGCUGAGGAGCAGGGGUUGAAGUCGAUGCCGACAGUGGAGGCGAUGCGGCGGAGGGAGAGGGGCAGGGAGCCGCCGCCCCAGGCGCUGAGGAGGUCUAGUACGUCGUCGAAGAGGAGGAGGACUUCUUUGCGGACUGGGCCGAGGUCGUACCAGAUGCGGACGGCUUUCAUGGUUGUUUUCGACUAUUUGGAUUUCUCAAGUAAGCUCAAGCGGGGGCGGAUUAGAAAUGUAGGGAAUAAUUUUGAUGAGGAAAGAAGCAGGUGGCUAUGGGUUCGGGGGGUUUUAUAGUGACGGCUGAUUCAUUUGAGCGAAUCACUUCAGUAGUCCAAUUUCAUAUCACGGUCUGUAAGUUUCGAUUUGCUUGCCG